UUCAUCAUAUGAUGUUAUAACUAUUUCAUCACAAUCAUCCACUCAAAAAACUAUUGUACGGUUCUCCUCUUCCUUUGGCCCACUUGACAAUUAUAUUGUUUGUCCAUUAUUACAAGAAAAUUAUGAAAAAUUUAAAGUUCUUUUGUUAAGGCUUAUUAUUGCUUGUAGUUGGGCUUUUAAUUGGAUAAAUAAACCAGAAGCAUAUGAAUUGUUCAAUUUUUUAAAUCCUCUAAUAAAACUUCCAAAUCGCCAGACUCUUAGUAGACCAUCUUUAAAAGUUGCUAUUUCUGAAUAUGAUAUGAGAAUAUAUAAAGCUCUUCAUAAAGAUUUUGUUGGUACUAUUCUUAUAUUUGAUGGAUGGAUGAUUGUUAAUAAUAAACAGCUGAUAGGUGUAAUG